GAUCCAUCUGUGGACAAUUAGUCUCAGUGUUGCUUCUGGUGCUUAUAAACAGCAACGCAGGAACUGCUAAUGAGGUUGGGUCACAGGCAGUGGUUGGGGGAUAAAAACGUGAGUGGUAACUUACCUGAAAGCUUACCACCAGUAACUGUUAUUUCCUCCCCACAGCACCGCCUGGUGGAACUGAAGGUAAAGCACCUACUUUAUUGAAAGUGGUGAUCUCUUCUUACCAUGGUGAAGAAACAGGUUUGGAGAUGAUGGUGGGGAAAUAUGGAUGCAGAAAGCCAGUUACCUCAGAAUGAAUGGGAGCAGUCCUCGACUUCUUGCCCUUCCUUCCUUUAGUAGCCACACAAGUUUGGCAGCACGCUGUCAUGAUAUUGAUCACACAGGAGUCCCUGCAAUAAAGGAUGGGUGCCAUUGAAAAUCAGUCCAGCAAACUUUUCUAGAGUGAUCACAGCACUUUUAGUCCCUUUAGCCUGUGAAUUGAAGAUUUGUGAAAAUCCUGAAGUUUCUUUAAGGAGACUUUUAUAUUUAACAUACAGAAAAUGUGAGUUUGACCAGUUAGUGUUGCAUUUACACAGCUAGAGAAACUUCCUAAAGCAGCCUUCAGGAUAUUGUUCUUAAUAUCUGUUAGUUUAGUUUCAGUAUUAUAGAUAGAAUACAGACUGCAAUCACUCAGGCUGAGGAAAGAUAUCUGAAAGUGGUGGGUCAUUUGUCAUAACCUAUUGCAGAGAUGUCACAGUUCCAACUAGCAAUGGCAGAAGCUAAUGAACAUCUGAAUGCCAUACCCACCAAGCAACCAACACAUAAACACAUGGUUUCUGAGAUGCCUAUGCAAUGCUUUAUGUCAGUUUAUAAACACGUAGUACUCUGAUCAAGCUUCACCCUUUCAAACAACAGUUUACACUUCUUCCAUAUGUUUAUAAAGCACCCACCAACUCAUCACGGAGUCCUUCCUGGCUGGGCAGUGUGACUGUAGCCAGAGUUCUGCAUCUUGCCUUCCGAAGACCCAGCAGUGGGAGAAUACUGUGUGCCAUGGACUGACCGUGACAGUCAACAAAGCCUCCAAAUGCCCUUGCACCCCAGGACCCCAAAGGGAACCGAAUUGCACAGUGGCUAAAUGUUAUACCUGUGGGAGGCAUUGUGGAUCUGUCCUUCCCUUUGGCUGCAGAAGCACCAGUUGGAGAGUACACCAUCAAGAUGCCUGACCGCACACAUACCUUCAGGGUAGAGGAGUAUGUACUGCCCAAGUUCAAUGUCUCCAUUCAGAUGCCCCAGGUGGUCACCAUCUUGGAGGAGAACUUUCGUCUCCACGUCUGUGGCAUGUACACAUAUGGGAAACCAGUCCAUGGUAUUGUGAAGGCUGUGGUGUGCCGUAAACAUAUCCGCUAUAAUCGGAAGUCUUCCAAAGCCAAGCACAGUAUUUGUAAGGAUUACACUGGCGAGACAAACAAGGAUGGCUGCUUUGGUACUGAGGUGAAUAUUCAAAUCUACCACCAGAAGCACGGUGACAAUUAUGAUUUCAACCUGGAAGCUGUGGCUUUUCUGAAAGAAAGUGGAACAGGAGUGGAGUUCAACGCCACUGAAAACUGCAAGGUUACUUUUGAUAUCACAACUCUCCAAUUCUGGGGUACAAGCUACUACUAUCAGCAAGGAGCUCCCUACUAUGGAAAUCUGGAACUCAAAAGUGCUAAUGGGACACACGUGAAGAACAAGGAAGUGAUUCUUACAGUGUCCCACGGUAGCAGGAAGCAGAUCAAGACCUACUUCAUAGAUGACACUGGGAUGGCAUCUUUCACCUUAGACACGUCAGCAUGGGACAACAGCAGUAAAGUUCUACUACAGGCAAAGACCCAGCCGGAGGACUUAAGAGGUCGAAAUGUGAGGGUGUCUUAUGGCACUGCAUCCCUCACACUAAGGGCCUUCUACUCUUCCAGCCGCAGCUCUGUGAAGAUCCAGCCAGUGCGGGCAAUGCUGCCCUGUGGGGACGUGCAGCAGGUCACUGUGCAGUAUCACAUCCUAGCCACAGAGCUGGGGGAUGGGGCUGCCAGAGCAGACUUCUACCACCUGGUUUUGGCCAGAGGAUCCCUUGUACAUCAUGGCCAAACAACAGUACUUCUUGAUCCAUCAUUAGGUCAGUAUAAUGGGGCUUUCAAUGUCAGUCUGCCCAUUGACCUCAUUUCGCCCAUGGCUACCAUCUUUGUCUACAUUGCUUUCCCUGAAGGACAAGUGGCAGCGGACAUCUUCAGUCUGAAAGUCUCCAAGUGCUUCAGGAACCAUGUGAAGCUUGGCUUCUCAGGCAGAGUGGCUCUCCCAGGAUCGACUGUCCAUCUCCAUUUGCAGGCUGCACGAGGCUCCUUAUGUAGUAUCCAUGCUGUAGACCAGAGUGUCCUUCUCCUGAGGCCAGAGGCUGAGCUAUCCAGAGAUAGCGUGUACAAUAUGUUCAGCUAUUCUCAGGAGCACCCCAGCACCCUCACAGACUCUUACAGUGACUACUGCACUAACCACGAGAGCCCAGGAAUCAUUGGUUCCUCUCAGACCACCCUUCCACCAGGAUCAAUGUCACCAUUCACGUACAACAGAUACUCUUACGCAGUGUCACAACCAGAUGUCUAUGAACUUCUGAAGAAUUCAGGUCUAACAUUUUUAACCAACCUUAAAAUCAAGUCUCCAAUUGAAUGCCGCACCCAGACCACCUUCUACUAUGACUACAUGUCUUAUGGAGAGCUGGCAGACUUGGACAACUUGGACCCAGAAACAGAUGCUGCUGUUGAACAUGCUGAGUCAGAGCACGUUGAGCUGGCUAGCGAGGCAGGGCCAAUACGUACCUGGUUUCCAGAAACAUUCAUCUGGACUCUGGUUCCCAUCAAUGAUUCAGGGACUGCUGAGCUAGCUGCCACAGUACCUGACAGUAUAACAGACUGGAAAGCCAUGACUUUCUGCAUCUCAGAGAGACAUGGGUUGGGAAUCUCAGAGAUCACCGGCCUGCAGAGCUUCAAACCCUUCUUCAUGGAACCCACCUUGCCCUAUUCCAUCUUCCGAGGGGAGUCGUUUCCCCUGAAAGUCAAAGUUUUCAGCUACAUGAAACAGUGCAUGGUGCUCCAGCUUAGCCUAAUGGACUCCAGGGAUUUUGAAUUUAUGCAUGCAAAUACCAGGUUCACUGCUUGUCUGUGUCCUGAUUCAGCAAAAACAUUCUUUUGGGAUGUGAAGGCUACAAAAUUAGGGAAGGUGAAUUUCACUGUCACUGCUGAGGUGACGGAACAGGAAGAUGUUUGCACUGAGAGUACAGCUGUUGUGCCAGAGUCUGGAGGGAAGGACACAGUGGUUAAACACCUGCUGGUGAAGCCUUCUCCUCACCAGGCAGAGGGGCUACUGGAGGAAAAGACACACACCUCACUCCUGUGCCCUAAAGGAACUUCAGCUUCAGAGACAAUCACAUUCACUAUGCCAGAGAACGUGGUCCUUGGGUCGGAGAGAGCCCACAUCUCUUUCUUAGGUGACAUUUUGGGAACAGCACUGGACAACAUACAUGAGCUCCUCCAGAUGCCCAGUGGCUGUGGUGAGCAGAACAUGGUUCAUUUUGCCCCUAAUGUCUUUAUCACACGAUACCUUGAAGAAACAGGACAACUCACUCCAGAAAUCAAACAGAAGGCAAUUGGCUAUCUGCAAAGUGGAUAUCAGCGGCAACUCCUGUACAAGCACACAGACGGUUCAUACAGUGCCUUUGGGGAAGGAAGUGAGCCAGGGAACACAUGGCUAACUGCCCUUGUCCUCAAGACCUUCAGCCAAGCCCAGGACUUCAUCCACAUAGAUGAGCAGAAUAUAAGGGAUGCUGCCAGUGCCCUGAUUAAAAGUCAGACUCCAUCUGGCUGCUUCAAGAGUGUGGGGAAGCUCUUCAACAAUGGUCUGAUGGGUGCAGUGGAAGAGGGACUGGGGAUGAGCUCUGUGAUCAUCACAGCUCUCAUACACUCAGGGAUGCCACGCUCCGACCCAGUUGUAUGGAAAGCUCUGAAAUGUAUAAGGAACCUGGUCAAUGCUGAUACUGGCAGCUCCAACCUCUACAGCCUGGCAUUAGCCGCAAACGCCUUUGCAGUAGCAGGUGAUAAGGCACUCAGGCAGAAAAUCCUCAAACGAUUGGAUGAGAUGGCCACAAUAUCAGAUGACCAAAUAUUCUGGAGUCAACAGUCCAAACAGGAACAAGACUCCCUAUAUUGGUAUCGGGCUCCAUCUGUUGAUGUGGAAUUGACAUCUAGUAUCCUCAUGGCUCACCUUUCAAAGUCAACUUUGUCUUCAGAUGAAAUCAGAAAGGUGUCUCAGAUUGUGUCUUGGCUCAUCAAGCAGCAAAACCCUUAUGGAGGCUUUGCUUCAACUCAGGACACAGUGGUUGCCCUGGAAGCCCUAGCCCUGUAUGCAAGCAAGACCUUCAACAAGGAUGGACCUAAUCUCCAGGCUUCUCUCUCCUCUGAGGGUUUCAGCCAAAACAUCCGAGUAAACAACACCAAUCGCCUCCUACUGCAGACAGUGGAGCUGCCAACCAUUCCUCAAGUUUAUAGAGUGCAUGUACAGGGCCAAGGGUGCCUCUUCCUGCAGGCCAUUCUGCGGUACCACAUCCCUCCAUCAAGGAGUGACAUCACCUUUGCCAUGUCUUUGCAGACAGAAUGCACUGCACCCAAUGCCAGCCAGUUCUCUGUCACGAUUCAUGCUCGCUACACAGGGAACCGUGUGUCCACCAACAUGGUCCUGAUCCAAGUGGAGCUGCUGUCUGGAUACAGUCCCGUGGCAGGUUCGUUGGAAGAGCUAAAGAAAAUGCCUUUAGUGAAGAAAGUUGAAAGUGAAGCUGACCGUGUCAUUCUCUACCUGGAGGAAAUGACUAGACAGCCUCACACCUACACUUUGCUGGUGCAGCAGGACAUGCAAGUGAUGGAUCAUAAGCCAGCUAAUAUAAAGGUCUAUGAUUACUACAUGCCAGAAGAAACUACGGUGAUGAGCUACAGUGCUCCAUGCGAGUAAGGAACAGGUACAGACCCACCUUCUGCAGUCUCUGUCUGUCUGUUCUCUGUCACCCCUGCCAACAGACAGCCACAACAUAAAGAUGAGAAGCAAAGAGAAAAUACUUGAAAUUUCCUGCUGAGUGGUUAGCUUCUGAGAGGCUCAGACUGUGCCUGACAUCUUAUUAAAAAUCAAGAGACUAGGACUGUCUAAUUGAUUAUUCAAGUUUACUGUUUUUCUUCCAAAUGAGGAAAAUCACAUUUAAGAGCAUCUGGGGAAAAUAACUUCACCUUUGUUCUGUGUGUGCACAUACACCUACAUGUGCAAAACUGUACUCCUCUAGCAGCAGAUUUGCACAGGAGGAGGUAGAGCAU